GCGAUAGCCAGGCUAGGGGACCAGAGCAUUAUGACACAAUCUAUAGGGCAGAGGCAGCCACGCUGGUAACCUUUAAUGUAAUAUGAAUAAGGCACUUCGAAGUUAGCUAUUGUUUUCAUGGCACUUGGUUUGGAAAUGACAAAAACCUGACACAUGAACAGACGCAUUUUCUGGGGACCGGAGAACGUUCGGUUUACUGUUUGUGCAUCCUGGGCAAUUCAGACUAGAAUUUGGGACCAUUGCUGUACAAUGUGACUGCUGCUACGAGGCAUGCAGGUUACUUACAGUAUCACCGCCCUGCGAGGCAAUGGGGAUGGGGCAUAGGCUGCCACGCUGGUAACAACUUUUAAUUUAAUAUGAAGAAGGUACUAGGAGGCAUUACAAACAUGAACAGUGUCUCUUUUCCCCUAGAUUUUCCUAUAUUUGCUUUUUUUUUUUUUUUUUUUUUUUAAGAUAUUUUUUUGGGCUUUUUGCACCUUUAUUGGAUAGGACAGUGUAGAGACAGGAAAUGAGCGGGAGAGAGACGGGAAGGGAUCGGGAAAUGACCUCGGGCCGGAAUCGAACCCGGGUCGCCCGCAUUCAUGGUAUGGCGCCUUAACCACCUGAGCCACGACGCCCCCAACUAUAUUUGCUUUUUUGUCCAUUGCCAAACACAUACUCGUGUUUUUAACUGCUUUGUGUAUAAACCCAUGAAAGAUAAUGUUCCUAAUAUUUUGUUAAUGUCUCUUCAGGCUUCCACCAGCGACAGUUACACACCUGGGCCAGCCACACCCACCACCUCCACUGCAACAUCACACCACUCGGGCCCCAGCACCGGUGCUACCAUACUUUCAGCAACAGGCCUUGCCCCAAUGACCUGUGUCUCGAAUGACUUCCAAGGAAGACAUCAGAUUUCCCAAGAGGAGCUUGAAAAUGUUCUUUCACUAAGAACAACCUUCACAGAAGCAGCAUCUAUUCUUUCAAUCUCAAGGCCAACUUUCUACAAGUUACUGCAAGACUUUAAUAUCCCGACUUCAAAAUUUAAUAACAUCACUGAUCAACAACUGGAUCUUGAAGUGUCACAAAUAAGAACGGAACACCCAAAUGUUGGAGAAAUAAUGCUUAUGGGGCAUCUUCGCUCUAAAAACAUUGUGGUACAAAGACACCGUCUAAGAGAUUCAUUGCGAAGGAUAGACCCAAUUGGUGUCCUGGCCAGGAGAAGACCAGCAAUAGCUCGCCGAGUAUACUCUGUCCCACAUCCAAAUUUCAUAUGGCAUGUGGAUGGAAAUCAUAAGUUGAUUAGGUGGAAAUUGGUUGUUCAUGGUGCCAUAGACGGCUACAGUAGGAUGUUGAUAUUUCUUCGCUGCUCCAACAAUAACCGUUCUGAAACUGUGAAAGAGCUCUUUCAUGCAGCUGUUGGACAGUUUGGCAGACCACUACACAUCAGGACUGAUCACGGAGUAGAGAACAUUAAGAUUUGGGAGGACAUGCAUGCGAGCAGGGGUGAAGGCUCUGUCUUAACAGGAAGCUCUGUACACAACCAGCAGAUAGAGCGUUUUAACCAAGAUUUGAACAAAAACUGCAGCCAGAUUUAUGCACCCAUUUUUUUAUGAACUGGAAUCCCUGGGUAUCCUAGACAUAGACAAUGCAACAGACCUAUUUUGUCUCCAUUAUGUCUAUGUACCCAGAAUCAACCGCACUUUAGAUGAAUUCAGAGCUGGGUAUAACAAUCACUCAGUGUCAUCUGAAGGAAAUAGAACACCAGUACAGCUUUUUACUCUGGAAAGUGAUUUGCAGUAUCUUCAAAACACAGAACUUCCAGCAGCAGGGGUAGUUUUUUGUUCCCCACCUCCAAACUCUCAAAGAGGAUUUUCCCCACUGAAUGACAGGGAUUUGCAAGAACUGAGUGCUGCUAUUAACCCUCUUGAAAAUGACAACACCAGUGGCAAAACAUUGUUUCAGAGAGCCCAACAGUUUAUUUUUGAUAAACUUGUAAAUGUGUGAUCUCAAACUGGACAACCACUAAAUGAGUUUUUUAUGUGUAGCAUGAUAAAGAAUGUAACACGAGAAUAGUGCUACAAGAAAGUGAAAAAAGAUUGAUACAUUGCAAUACUCUUUUCCUGAAGUGUACCCUGAGUAACAAGUUUUAAAGUAUUAUAAGAAACAUGUACCGUAAUAUGCACAGUAACACUACUUCGUAAAAAAAAGUAUAUUUUAUACAUUACAUAUUGCUGACAGUGAGAUGAAGAAUGAAGAAUGCAAUAAUAGUGCUACAAUAAA